CAUAGUAUCUACCUCAUAGGGCUGCCGUGAAGAUUAAGAUGAGUUACUAUAAGUAAAGAGUUUAGCACAGGGAAUUCCCUGGCGGUCCAGUGGUUAGGACUCUGUGCUCCCAAUGCAGGGGGCGUGGGUUCGAUCCCUGGUUGGGGAGCUAAGAUCCUGCAUGCCUCGGAGUGUGGCCGAAAAAAAUAAAAUGAAAAAGAAAGCUUAGCACAGGGCUGGGCAUGAGCGAGUGAUAGCUGUUAUUUUCGUUCCUUCGUUCACUCCAGCUCAGCUGCUCUGAGAUGCCAAGGAGAUGAGGCAGAGGGAACAGCAAUGACAGAGCCCCAGAGGGUCAGCGCCCUGGCUCCGGCACAGGCAGGUUGGGGCAGGUCUAUCUCUUGCAUAUGUGGCCACAUGUGUGAGCACGUUCCUAAAGGAAGCAUGUGGGGUGAGGGGGGUUCAGGGCCGAUUCCAGCCAGGGGCCCCAGGACAAUGGGAGGACCCAGCAGGCAGACCCACCAGAGGCUCUCACACCUGCCUAUGCGCUGACCCUCGCUCCCUGAACCUGCCCUGAAGGCCUUCCUGAUUCACCAGAGAACCGCACCCAAGCUGCGGAUGAGGGUGGAGGAUGUAAACAGGAGGCUGCAGGAGCACCCUGGGGAGCUGGGGGGCAACGCAACGGGGAGAUGGGAGAGCCCCUGGCCAGGCUGGGUGUCCCUUAGCAUUUUGGGUUCACACAGCCCUUUGAGAAUCUGAUAAAAGCUGGGAGCUCACUCCCUACAAAAGUGAAUGAGCUAAGGGGUGGUGAAGGCUGAUGACCCUUUAAGGCAGCUACAGGCCCCAGACUUAGAAAAGUGGUGUAGAAAGUGCACCCUUUCUGUCUGCCUAAACUAGUGUUCUUUAGAGUUUGGGGUCACAGACUGUGAUCCAACGGAAGUCACAGACCCUUGCUGCAAAAACGUGUAUACACACACAGAUUCACACAAUUUCAGGGAUUGCUGGGUACCAUGAAGUUGGCCAGUGGCCAUCCAUUUUAGACCCCAGGACUGGAGGCAGUGGGUGAGGGGAAAUGAAGAGAAUUAGCAAGAGGCUGCCUGGAGAGGGUUAGUAACCCUGCUGUCUGAUGGAAGAGGGAUGAUCAUCCUCCCCAUUGCACCGUCAAGGAAACAGGCACAGAAAGGCAAAGCGGGGCCAUGUGGGGGUCCUUGGACCCAAAAGCUUCACCAGGAUGGGCCUGGCAAGGGCCUGGGUGAGGAGGACAUUCGCAAGGCACGGGAGGCCCGGAUCAGGAAGACACCCCGGCCCCAGCUGAGUGACCGUUCUCGAGAACGCAAGGUGCCUACCUCCCGUGUCAGCCGCUUGGCCAACUUUGGGGGACUGGCUCUGAGCUUGGGGCUGGGAGCACUAGCUGAGGUGGCCAAGAAGUCCCUUCCCGGAGGACGUAUACAAUCAGAGGGAGGCUCCCGGCCAGGCUCCAGCCUUUUCCUUUCAGAGGCCAACGCCGAGCGGAUUGUGCAGACCUUGUGUACGGUUCGGGGGGCCGCCCUCAAGGUUGGCCAAAUGCUCAGCAUCCAGGACAACAGCCUCGUCAGCCCCCAGCUGCAGCGCAUCUUCGAGCGGGUUCGCCAGAGCGCCGACUUCAUGCCCCGCUGGCAGAUGCUGAGAGUUCUGGAAGAGGAGCUCGGCAGGGACUGGCAGGCCAAGGUGGCCUCUCUGGAGGAGGUGCCCUUUGCUGCUGCCUCAAUCGGGCAGGUGCACCAGGGCGUGCUGAAGGACGGGACAGAGGUGGCCGUGAAGAUCCAGUACCCAGGCAUCGCCCAGAGCAUCCAGAGCGACACCCAGAACCUGCUGGCGGUGCUCAAGAUGAGCGUGGCCGUGCCAGAGGGCCUGUUUGCAGAGCAGAGCCUGCAGGCCUUGCAGCGGGAGCUGGCUUUGGAAUGUGACUACCGUCGUGAGGCGGCUUGUGCCCAGAACUUCAGGCAGCUGUUGGCAGACGACCCGUUCUUUCGGGUGCCAGCCGUUAUUCAGGAGCUGUGCACGACGCGGGUGCUGGGCAUGGAGCUGGCUGGAGGGGUCCCACUGGACCAGUGCCAGGGCUUGAGCCAGGACACCCGGAACCAGAUCUGCUUCCAGCUCCUGAGGCUUUGUCUUCGGGAGCUGUUUGAGUUCCGAUUCAUGCAGACGGACCCCAACUGGGCCAACUUCCUGUAUGAUGCCUCCAGCCACCAGGUGAUCUUGCUGGACUUUGGUGCAAGCCGGGAAUUUGGGACUGAAUUCACAGACCAUUAUAUCGAGGUGGUGAUGGCUGCAGCCAACGGAGAUAGAGACCGGGUCCUGCAGAAAUCACGAGACCUCAAAUUUCUCACAGGCUUUGAGACCAAGGCAUUCUCGGACGCCCAUGUGGAGGCUGUGAUGAUCCUGGGGGAGCCCUUCGCCACCCAGGGCCCCUAUGACUUCGGAGCAGGUGAUACUGCCCGCCGUGUGCAGGGCCUCAUCCCUGUGCUGCUGCAGCACCGGCUUCGCCCACCACCUGAAGAGACCUAUGCCUUGCACAGAAAGCUGGCGGGGGCUUUUCUGGCCUGUGCCCGCCUCCAUGCCCACAUCUCCUGCCGGGACCUCUUCCAGGACACCUACCACCGCUACUGGGCCAGUCGCCAGGCAUAGCCACUUUCCGAAGCCUCCUAACCAGAGGGAUGUCUGCUCAGACCCCUCAGAGACUCCAUCUCGGGAUUCCAGCCCUAUAGCGGGCCAUCCCCUGCUCUGAGGCCUCCUUCCCUCUCUGCUGCAGGUCUGGGGACCCACCUUGGGCUUGGGAUAGAGAACUCCAGCUUCAUACCCCCGUAUCCUGCUCUCCCCACUCCAAAGGGAGCAUCCAGGAACUCUACCCAGCCAAUAAUUUAUGUCUGCCAACAUGUGAGAGCGCCUUAGGCCCCUCCACACUGCCAUUGUGGAGAUCAGACUCACCUAGAUGGGGAGCCCCUGACCUCUGCCUCAGGUCUCCCCCAGAUGUGGCCGGUGUUUGAACCUUCGGUCCUAAUAAAAGUGGCCCUCCCCUUC